UGGUGCACGUUCUAAGUAAAGGCCUCUGGUUUUAUUUUUGGACUGCUAUGGAGUCCACACCUUCCAUUUGGAGGAAGGGAGUAUAGUGGAUCUUAACAUGAGUUGCUUGUUCUGACACUCCAGGCUUGGCGAAGCAGGCAGCAGUCGGUUGCCCCCCAAGCAGCAGAAACAGGGGACUCUGUCUGAAGUAAGCCAUCUGUCAUCUGUUAAAAUAAUCUCCCGGGGGCCAACAUUUUCAUGGCUGUAAAUAUAGAGAGUGUUGCCCAAGUAGGCCUGCUGUCCCAUCACUACCCACCACCUCUGUUUCCUAAACCUGGAAAGGAAAAUGUUCGGCUCCGGAAAAUCCUUAAGAGAACUGCCAAGAAAAAAGCUGCCUCCCAAGCCUCCCAGACAGCUGUCUCCUUCCGUUCAAGCCUCUCCCCAGUAAACGAAGCCAGUCCUGACCUGGAGCACAGUGACCACUCAACUCCACCCAAAACACCAGAGUCACUCGUUUACGGAAGUAUACUGCACCCACGUUUCAACGUCAGGCCGCUGUAUCACCAUUCACCAUCCCCUUACCCUCACCAGCGAGGCAUGACCUAUGGCCAGCCAUCAAGGGUCUCCCCACAGCCCUGUGUUACCCCAGGCUCCACUGCACCACACCACAUGGCGGUAUUAUUCCCAUACCCAACUUCCCCUCGUCCUGCGGGCGGAUCACCAGUUCCUUCCUAUGCAGCAACAUCUGUUACAGUUACAUCUGUAAUCACCACAACUCAGAUAAUCAGACCCACUGCCACGAAAUCAGGGGCAGGGCAGGCUUCUGUGGUAGUUAAGCACACAAAUAAUGUGCUAGCUACAAAAAUGGAUGCCAAUUCAAGUCUUACACCCAUUGUACUUUCCUCUAAAAGAGCAAGCCCUCAGCCAACUAUUUUUGAUAGCAUCAAACCCUCAAAACCCAUUUUUGAUGUUCCGCAAAUUACAAAUUACACUUGUAGUACUGCAAACAUAUAUUUUGCAUCAUCUCCGACAAUGCCAAGGAGUAGAACACCUCUUUCUGAGCUGAUGCGAGGACCGACACCAACAUUUGAGGUCAGGAGGAUUGUGACACCAACAUCAGAACUAAAGAGAGAUAAAACACCAACCAGAGAAAUCAUAAAGAGCACAACACCUACAUUUGAAGUCAAAAGAGGUGUGACUCCUACCUCUGAGAUCAAAAGGGGUGUGACUCCUACUUCUGAACUGAAAAGGGGUGCUACACCUACCUCUGAAAUCAAAGGGGAGGAAACCUACACACCCGAAAUAAAAAAGGGCACAACACCAAUCUCAGAAGCAACAAGAGGGACAUUGCCAGGUUUUGAACUGAAGAGCGCUACUACUGAAACAUCUGAGAUAAAAAGGGAUUUCUUAGUUUUGACUGAGACAAAGAGAGGCAGAACGCCGACGAGAGGGAGGACAUCAACGUCGGAGGCUUCAACAUCAAAAACUCUCUCAGGACGACCAAAAACACCUUCAUAUCACGUGUCACCUGUUAGGAUACCCAUCAUAGAAAUUUCAAGAGCCAACCCACUUUUAUUUGCUGUCUCCCCUGUGCAUAUGGAGGGCAGAAGAUCCAAAACACCAACCUCAGGUUUAGUUGGAUCAAAUGAUGAAAUUCCAAAAGAAACUGAGAAACUGAAGGAAAAUAAUCUUCCAGAAGCCAUACAAAAUGGUGAGGUUCACAUCAAAUCAUCUGAAAUUUCAGAAGCUACAAUGCCUGAAUACAGAGAACCUGAGUUACUUACACCACACACCCCUGUAUGUGAAAGUCCUAAGCCAAUAACUCCUACAUCUGGGUAUCAAAGACCCAAAACACCAAACCAUGACGUUACUAAACCUGAAGUAUCUUUGCCAGGGUAUCAAAGACCAAAAGUACCUCCAUUUGCUGGUCAAAGACCUAGAACACCAACAUCAAAAUCCAAAUGGUCAUAUUAUGGACUAACACCUGCUGAGUAUGUUGCUCAUGGUGGAAUACAAGCUCACACUCCUGCUUUUGGCAUAUCUAGAUCCACAUCAGCAGUGUCUGUGGAAUCUAAGCCUCUAGACCAAGAAGCACAAGGUGCUACACAAAAUACUCAGAGUGAAGCAACAGAAAAGCCUACUUCCACAGAGGUAGAUGGGCAUGAGAAAAAGCCAACAGCAAGGCCAAGAGCCCCGGCUGGUGAAAUAACUGCUUCUAUCGAAAAUGGAAUGCCCGUAGUUGUACCUACUUUUGAGGUCUCAAAGUUGACAACACCAAUUGCUGAGCCAAAGCUAAAACUUGCACAAGAGGCAUCUAGGGAGCCUACAUCAGAUGUAAAGGAAAAAAAGAAAAAGGUUGCUGGAGUUCCCGAAGUUAAAAUUCCAACCAUUGUUGUCUCUAAAGCUGACACUCCACCAUCAAAAUCGCCAAAGACAGAGAUCACAAUUCCUGAGACAAAACGAACCAGUCAAACUCCUACAUACAGCCCUCUUAAAACAAAGACACCACCUCCUGACUCCGUGAUAGAAACUACUAAAUCAGAAACAUCUGUGAAAGCACCUGACCAAAAGGCAGAACGACCUACACUCUCAAAAGAAACUACAAUUAGUACAAAAAUAAACAAGGUGUCAAAUAAGCCAUCAGAGCCUCAGAUGUCUUUACUGGAGAGGAUUAAACAGCAAAAGUCUUCAUCGGUCUCUCCAGCAAAGGCUUCUGAAAUAGCUGCCACUGCAAAGACAGAGGACAAACCUCUGGUUAAGCCACAGGAUGACCAGGUGGACAAAGAGAAAACUGGAAAGGAAGAUUCAGCAGGGGCAAAAGUGAGCAACCUACAGGAGACCGAGUCCGCAGUGGAAAAGCAAGACGCCUCCCUCCCAGCUGCCAAACCUCUCCUGAAGGUCAUUCCGAAGCCGAAAGGCAUGAAGUCAAAACUCAGUGGCUGGUCUCGCCUCAAGAAACACAUGGUGGUGGAGGUAGAGGAGCCCAAGUUUCCUGAGGCUGAGCCAGAGAUGAUGAAAGAUGCCCCUAAUGGCACCCCUCAUGAAAAAAGCAUCGAGAAAAGCCCAAGCAAAGAAACCAAUGAGAUUAGUGAUUUUUUUCAAAGCGAGGAGAGUAAAGACACCCCCAGGGCUGCAAAAAUGUGGGAUGCUAUCCUCUUCCAAAUGUUCUCUACCAAAGAGAGUAUCAUGCAACAGCUCGAAGCCAACAAAACUGAGGAGGAAAAGACAGAAGACGCUAAACUGAAUAAACCAAAAGAAAUUCCAACUUUUGCCCAUCGCCUUCCUGUUCUACUUUACAGCCCUCGAUUUGAUGCCAGAAGACUGAAAGAGGCAGCUUCACGACCAGUGACGAAGAUCGCAGCAGUAUUUGAGAUGGGUCUCAUAGGCCGCAAGAGUAAAGACGAGGAGCCAAAAGACUUUAACAGAACAGCUAAAGGUUUCACUGUUAAAACAUCCAGUGGAGAUUAGAUAUAGCAAUAAUUAAAUGGCCAAGGAUGUUGUAUUUUUUCAAUAAUAGUGUACAGUUUUAUUUAUUGCAAUUCAGUUAUAUCAAAAUUAAAAAUAAAAUGCAAAAUAAUAAAAAUAUGUUCUUUGCAUGAAAGACACUGAAUUAUUAGUGCAAUAUUGUUUGACUUCACUGCCAGUCUCUCUGACAUUCAAGGCAUGGACAUUUAACUUAGUUAUCCCUCAGUGAUUAAAGAAAGCACUGAUUACAGAUUGAAAGCUUCUUUUAUUAAUCAUAUUAUCUUCUUUUAUUAAUCAUACUGUACUUUGCCAAGUGUCAGAAAAAUAUUUGCUUGCAUAGCACUUUUAAUAAGGAAUGUAAUGCUUAUGCCUGCUGUAAUUUACUCUAGAAAACUGAAGGUCUUGGAAUAGAGGAACAAGCAAAAUAUAAUUGCACUAUCUAGUUUAAUACUCCGCUUAAUACUUAAUAUUCAACAUGGUGCUUAUGAAAAGAAGGUCAUAUUAUCAAACAUGGCCUUUUUCUUUCUUUCUCCUGUUAUUAUCAUUUCUGCUUUUGAAGAUGAUGCCAGAAAAGGGUAGUAAAGCACAAAGCGCUGAAUGUGCGUUGAGCGAAGGAACAGGUUCUGCAGAGAAGUAAGUGGGUGGAUAGUUGGACGGAGUGCCUGUGAAAUAGGCAAGACUUGGAAUUCCGAGGAAAAAUGUGGAGGAAAGAGAUAGAAAGGCAUAGAAAGUUCUAACAGCUUCUGAAUCUGAGAAUACUGGCAAUGUGUUGCAUGAGUUGUCCUGCUGACCAGAGCCUGUCACCAUAGAGCUUCAGGCUGGUGGUGUUAAGAAGCAGUAUGCACUGACUGCACUUACAUGUGGCAAAAACCCCACACGGUUGUGUCUGAUUGGAUGAAUAGUUUGGGAGAAUAAAUAAUGCAGUGGGGGACUGACUGUCAAGUGUUAUUCAUAGUAAAUUAUUCAAUUAAGGUGCAGGCUACAGUUAAAGUCAAACAGUAAUUAUUUAUGCCAUACUUUUUAUGCAUGACGUUUUCUUGCAUGUGUGUCUUCAAAAGUCAGACAAGCCUCAUGUUUUCCCUGUGGACAGUAUGCUUUGGAUCUUAUGGUGCACUGUACUAGAUUCAAUUUUGUUUUAUAUAUAUUUUUUAAUAAAAAGAUUUGACUUGGA